AGCCUGGCCCUGAAUGCCUGCAGGGAUGGGGCAUCACAGCCUCCUUGGGCAGCCUGAUACAAGUGAGUUGUGGUAGCUAAGCAGUUGUAGCUUCAUGUCUUUAAGGCUUUUGAAUGGAUACUGUCUUGCCCUGUUCUUUAAUUUUGUUAGGAAGGUUUACUUCUUCUGGUGACCCUGUAGUGUGAGGUGGAUCCCUUUGUCAUUCCUGAUAAUGGAAAGAAUCCAGAAAGGGAAUUCCUGAGCCUUUUCACUGGUGCAUAGAAGUUAAAUUUUCAGGCUAUGGUUUUACCUUCCUUCGGUGCUUGAUUUAUACCAGAAUCUGACUUGUGAUGCUUAUGUGCUUGAUUUUGUUACUAUUAAAAUUAAUUUUUAUUCCUUUAAUGACCUCUUUCUUAAAAAUCUUUUUUUCAUUGGUCUCUGCCGGCUUUAAAUUUAGCUUCAGUGAGCUUACAUUCUUCCAUGAGUGUGUUUUUUCUGUUUUUAAUGGCUCUUUUUAUUCUGCAGUUUUAACCAAACUUUGACAGGUGAAAACUGUCUUCAAGUCCUCCACCUCACCUGCUGCCUCUCACCUUUUGACCUGCACCAGUGACCUUUUAACAAAUUCUCCCACUUAAGUUUCCUCUUCCUUAGUUAAAUCUUAGCUGAACGUACUUUGUUGCGUGGCUUUUGUGUUGGGAAGAGUUUGGUUUGAGGUGCUGGGGCACUGCAGCAGAGCUGGGCCCUCCUGGCUGCUGGAGGUGGGGAGUAGCAGGGUUCAGUGGUGGAGGGAGGACCUCCAACACAUGGCUUCCUCCUGCUCGUGCCACGGGUGGCCUUGUGGGACUCAAGAACGUUUGCAUUUCCUGAAGACAUCGUGCAGGGAGGUGAGAUGGAGCAUCCAGAGCGUUGCGCUUGCAGCAGUCAGAUCUCUUAAGAACAUCAGCAGAUAGAACUGCAGGAGCAACCCACAGCCUUUCUGGUCUUCUGUGACAUUGCCUAAAUGCAAAUGCCAUCCCCUGCUCACCAGUGCUGGAGCUGUAGCAAGGUUUGGGAUGCGCUCUGGGCUGUAAGGGUGCUCUGCAGCCCUUGGUUGUGGUGGACCCCACUGGGCUUCACUCUGCAGUCAGCUCCAUCACUGCUGUGUAAAUGGAAUACGGACUGCAGUGCAUUUUGUCUUCUGUUUCCUACCUGAGUCUUAUAAAUAUCUAUAAAGUUUUUCAAGGAUGCAGUACGCUCAUGACCUCAUCAAUAGAAAAUGCUUUACUUAAACUGGGCGUUCUCCUGUGCCUGUUGAUUUUCUCAGGCUAUAGUUUAAAUAGUCCUUUCUAUGCUGGCAUCUGUUUUCAUUUUGGCUUUGUUGGAGUCCAGCUCUCUCGCAGGGGCUCCAUCUCCCUUGGCAUGAAUCUUGGGACCCUCAUCCCCUGCCUGCACCCUCUGGAGAGGCCUCAGGAUUUCAGGGGUGCCAUGUUGGUCCUGGCUUUUACUUUUCCCCAAAUGGGUUAUUUCAUUUUCAGGAUCUGUGGUCAGUUCUGGUGUUGAGAUUGCUCUGUAACUGAAUCCUGCAUUCCCCUAUCCUUCUACCCCCCCAUGCCAGAGCCUGGUAAGUAGUAAAACGAGGAGGAAAAAAAAGAAGAAUAAAAGGAAGGGAUGACAGUUAUCCUUGAGUUUGAAGUUAUCAAGUGCAGAAAAUUGAUAAAGGAAGUUAAAAAAACACAAGGGAAAAAAAUCUGCGACUGUCACUGCAAAGAACUGAAAGAAAAUAUAUCAGGAACAAAAGAAAUUCUAAUAAUGGUUUGUGUAGACUUAUCACGACUGAGGAGAGCUAAAACGCAUAAUAAAGCAGAAAAACUAGACAUGUUUAAUAAAUAUUGCUGUUCCCUAUUUGUAAAGAAGAGGUGGGAUGUACUCGUAGUGUGUGUGCAGAAGGGUCUGCUGCUAAGCAGGGGGUGCUGAGCUGGGAGCUGGAGGAGCUUUUCCAGCCGGUAUGGAUGGAUGUUGUACUCAGGGCACUCCUGGGGGGGGGGAAAGGGAGGUGGCUGUUUUGCUUCCUUUUUUAUUUGAUUAAUUUUUGUAUCCACUUUUGGGUACCUUGAGACCAUUCCAGAAAAGCUGGCAGAUGCUGCUGCCGCCCUGUCUUAGCAUGGUGUCAGCCCGGGGACAGCAGAGCAUGGUGAGCACAGAGUGCUGGGAAGGAAGCGAUGGCAGUGUCGAACAAACUGAACUCAUCUGUAGCAGCAGUGAUGGAGGCCGUGCUGAGUGCAUGGGGAAGCACUGUGAUGUCACAGCAUUUGGCUCCAGCAGCCCCUUGUAACAUCACACUUGGGUGGGACAGGAGCCAAAAGGCUCAGGGGUACCCUGGAGGCUCAGUGGGGACAUGUUGGUCACCAGCUGUCCUAAGGGGCCUGCGGGCUCCUGAGGUUCCAUCAGGCUGACGAAAGCAACAGCAGUGGAAGGAGGAGCUCUUCCAGCAGGGAGUGUUUGAAGAGGAGCCCACGGAGCCCAAAAGCAGAGGGCUCCGAUUCGGUGACAUCUCAGUCCUCACCCAGUGAAGAAGCUGGAAUGAUGACUGAGGUGAAGGUGAAAACAGAGGUACCAGAUGACUACAUCGAAGAGGUGAUCUGGCAGGAUGACACCAAAGAUUCCAAGAAGAACAUAAAAGAUGGGCCAGGAGAUGUGCCAGCUGAGAUCUGCGUGGUGAUCGGAGGGGUCCGCAACCAGCAGACGCUCGAUGGAAAAGCAGUGGAACGUGGCUCUCCCGUUGGAUAUACACGAAAUCGAUAUUCAGGGACCUGGAUUUUUGACCAUGCAUUGAGAUACACCUCCGGGUCUUAUGAGUGUGGAAUAUGUGGGAAGAAAUACAAGUAUUACAACUGUUUCCAGACCCAUGUGCGAGCGCAUAGAGACACUGAAGCUGCCUCAGGUGAAGGAGCCUCACAAGGCAACAACUUUAGGUACACGUGUGACAUUUGCGGGAAAAAAUAUAAAUAUUAUAGCUGCUUCCAAGAGCACAGAGACCUGCAUGCUGUGGAUGUUUUUAGUGUGGAAGGGGCCCCAGAAAACCGGGCAGACCCCUAUGACCAGGCUGUCAUAGCAGCAGAAGAAGUGAAGGAGGAGGAGCCAGAACCGUUCCAGAAGAUUGGUCCAAAAACUGGCAAUUAUACCUGUGAAUUCUGUGGCAAGCAGUACAAAUACUACACUCCAUACCAAGAGCACGUGGCACUGCAUGCACCUAUUAAGUUCUCUCGAUCUCCACUCUUCGUGGCAGUGAAGACACAGGGGAGCCAAUCCAGCAAAAAAACACCGACUUCAAUAAACCGAUGUUCCACCCUCCUGCACCGCACCCCUCCCGGUGUCCCACCGACAUCCCAAUCCCAGAUGUUCCGCGCUCCAAAUUCUGGAUCCCCAGGAAGCAAGGCCAUCACAGCAGAAAGUGCUUUCAGCAGGAGAGUGGAAGGCAAAGCGCAAAACAACUUUGAAGAAACUAACAGCAACUCCCAGAACUCCAGCGCUGUUCAUUCGGGGACAGAAAAACCUAAAGAAAAGAGAUGUAAGCAGAACCCAUCAGAGCCUUACACCUGUGGAGCUUGUGGAAUCCAGUUCCAGUUUUAUAACAAUCUCCUGGAGCACAUGCAGUCCCAUGCAGCUGACAACGAGAACAAUAUUGCCUCUAGCCAGCCCAGAUCACCUCUACCUGUUGUUGAAGAGAAGUGGAAACCACAGCUCCAAAGAAAUAACGCUAACAACACCUCUGCGAGUGGCUCCGUAGGGAACAGCGCGAUCCCAGAGAAGGAGCGGCAGAACAUUGCCGAGAGGCUCCUGAGGGUGAUGUGCACUGACCUCGGGGCGCUGAGCGUGGUGAGCGGGAAGGAGUUCAUCAAGCUAGCGCAGACCCUGGUGGAUAGCGGAGCUCGCUAUGGUGCCUUCUCAGUCACCGAAAUCCUUGGUAAUUUCAACACACUGGCUCUGAAGCAUUUGCCUCGGAUGUACAACCAAGUGAAGGUGAAAGUCACCUGUGCCCUGGGCAGCAACGCCUGCCUGGGCAUCGGGGUCACUUGUCACUCACAGAGCAUUGGCCCUGAUUCUUGCUACAUCCUAACAGCUUAUCAGGUGGAAGGCAACCACAUCAAGAGUUACGUCCUGGGAAUUAAGGGCGUAGAUAUUCGAGAUAAUGGUGAUUUUAUCCACCACUGGGUACAGAACGUGCUCUCAGAGUUUGUGAUGUCAGAGAUCAGGACGGUGUACGUCACAGACUGCAAAGUCAAUUCCUCUGCGUUCUCCAAGGCAGGCAUGUGCUUGCGUUGUUCGGCCUGUGCCUUGAACUCGGUAGUGCAGAGCGUGCUGAAUAAGCGAACUCUGCAGGCUCGCAAUAUGCACGAAGUGAUCGAGCUCCUGAAUGUCUGUGAAGAUCUGGCGGGAUCCACAGGCCUCUCAAAAGAGACCUUUGGCUCCCUGGAGGAGACUUCUCCCCCGCCCUGCUGGAACUCGGUCACCGACUCCCUCCUACUCGUGCACGAGCGCUAUGAGCAGAUCUGCGAGUUCUACAGCAGGGCCAAGAAGAUGAACCUCAUCCAAAACCUGAACAAGCACCUGCUCAGCAACCUGGCGGCUAUUUUGGCGCCGGUGAAGCAGGCUGUGAUUGAAUUGAGCAACGAGAGCCGGCCCACCUUGCAGCUGGUACUGCCCACCUACGUCAAACUGGAGAAACUGUUCACUUCCAAAGCUAACGAUGCUGGCGUGGUCAGCAAACUCUGCCACCUCUUCUUGGAGGCGCUGAAGGAGAACUUCAAGGUUCAUUCGGCACACAAGGUAGCCAUGAUCUUAGACCCCCAGCAGAAGCUGCGGCCUGUCCCGCCGUACCAGCACGAAGAGAUCAUUGGCAAGGUCUGUGAGUUGAUUAACGAGGUGAAAGAGUCCUGGGCAGAAGAAACAGAAUUUGAACCUUCGACCAAGAAGCCCCGGGCAGCAGGGGAAGCCGCAGCAGCUCAGGAAGAAGAUUGGUUCGGGAAAAAUGAAGUCUACGAUUAUUUGCAAGAACCUCUCUUCCAGGCCACUCCUGACCUCUUUCAGUACUGGUCGUGUGUUACCCAAAAGCAUACAAAACUAGCCAAGCUAGCCUUUUGGCUCUUAGCAGUGCCUGCUGUUGGUGCCAGAAGCGAAUGUGUAAAUAUGUGUGAGCAGGCGCUCUUGAUCAAAAGGAGACGGCUACUCAGUCCAGAAGACAUGAACAAACUCAUGUUUUUGAAGUCCAACAUGCUUUAAGACUGUCUUUUAAUUAAAACAAAACUUUAAAACACUGUUCCAAACAAAGAAAAAGAAUUUAAGUUCUAAACACUGUGGACCUCAUUAUGAAUGCCCCUGGAAACCAAGUGCUUUUUUAUAUAUAUAUAAAAAUAUAAAUAUAUAUAAAGUUAAGUUUGAGAGGAAAGCUGAGCACGUGAGAGAGACAGCCCUCUGCCAGGAACGUGCUCCUUUCCAUAGAUAGUGUGUGGACUUGACAGACUUUCUAAUGUUUUCAAGUGGGCAGACCAAUGGGAGGCUGAUGUUCUAAAGUCUUCAGGCAGCUGAGAUCUAAAGUGACUUGAAGUUUCUUUUGUUUCUCCUCCACCCCACCUUUCCUCUUGUCCCCUGGGCCAUCUUGCCAUGGAUAAUCAGACUACAUUGAACAGAGCAGUUCUGCACUGGACUUUGCUCCUUUGAAUAACUGUACACCUUGAGGGCAUUUGUCUACAGCCUUCUUGACAUACGGUGCACGUUAUCAGGGCAGCUGUGUUUUAUGAACACCAAUAUCUUUAGAAAUCAGGAAGGGAGACUUUAAUUUUUUAUUAUUGUUAUUAUUUCACUUCUUCAUAUAGGGUUUUUCCAAAAAAAAAAAAACCACAACAAAACCAAAAGUUACUCUUCUGUCUCCCAGUUUUAACAUGUUAGCUAGCGCUUGUGAGUUUGAUUUAAAACUAAGAGAAAUGAUUCAAGGCAGAAAAUGUCUGUAAUCUUUACGUUUCUUGGGUUUACUUUUUUUCACAGCACACCAUCUUUUCUGAAUUCCCAGUGUAAAUUAGCUUCUCGGUGAAUUCUGUGCAUCAGGGGUUCUCAAGCUUGUUGGUAGAGUAGCCUAUUUGUGAUUGAAUAACGCCCUGAUGGGAGCCACAGCAGUUGCUUAUAUGGAAGAGCUGGAGACCAGGACAGCGGUGCCCACGCAGUGUCUGUGGGCCAGCAGCAAGCUGGGGUCUGCCAUCUGCCAUUGAGAACCCUCGUACCUAAAAUUUUUGCAAACCUUCCCAGUCCUCACACUCGAAAUAGCCUUCACAAGGCCAAGGACAAACCAAGGUGUAUGAUUUUUCAGGGGAACAAAGAUCAUCAGUUUUGUCAAAGUAGGGUUUGAAGGAAGCUUAGAGAAGCGCAUGGGCUCAAAGAUCCUUCUGAAUGUAAGUGCUCCUGAUUGAGUGCAAAGAAUCUCUUUCCCUUUUAUUUGGAAUGGUUUCCUCUAGUAGCACGAAUGUCUUUUUUAAUACCUACAGUGCAUUACACUACUUGUUAUGUUGUUUAAUCGUUCUGGCUAGGAAGGCUGCGGGCCCUUAAACGUUCACACUCACUGGCUCACCCCGUAUGCAAUUAGAGAUCAUGGUAACACAAAAACAUCUCCAUCUCUGCAUUCACUGAGGCCAGUGCUCUGCUGUGUCCGGUGCCGUGGGCGCAGCACUGCGUGCUGCUGGAUGGGAUCUCUGCAGGCUGUCACGUUUGGUGCCUCUUGGACAAUUCCUGAUUUCUGGUGCCAAAUUGUAAAUUUCCCAUCACUGGGACUUGCAUCCCCAGAGGCCAAUGGAAACCAAUUUUGAUUUUUGAAACAGGCCCUCCAGCUUCCAGCAGUGUGCUCCAAAGCUGCUGUUGGAGGUGUGGGAGCACAGCUGGGGCUCUCAGUGGGAGGCUGGGGCCCUCGGACAGUGCAGGGCUGUCUCUGGUGGCUGAGUGUGGUGGUAGGGCCCAUCCGAGCUGCUGGGGCCCUCUGAAGUGCAUGUCUUGAGACCUUCCCUAGAUCAAGGAUGGUGUUUAUACCGAAGUGUCUUGCCCCAGAACGACUUGCUCCUUUUGGCUGGCAUCAUGCAAUACUUAUUGUAGCCUGAGCACAGACCUCAGGCUGGCAGCACCUCUCAGCGUUGUAAAUGGCCUCAGGGCAAAACCAGUUGUCACCUAAAUUGAGUUAUGCAUAUGGGUAACUUCAAAGGUAGAGUCCACAACCCCAUCGGUGUCUGCAGGGUGAGCAGUGCGUGAAGGUGAGCAGCUGAGGCAAAGCUACUGGGAGGCCCAAUCUCUGGCAGUGGUUUUUGCAGGUGGCAGUGCAGGUUGCAGGCCAGCUUUGCUCUUUGCUGGUUGUACUUAUAUUCUCUCAUACAGCUCCUGCUCGCCCAGCAGCACAUCACAAAAGAAACCUGUAGCAAGCAAAACCCAAGCCUCAGACUGAAACAAACAAAAAAUCAGCAGGUAGAAGUGGGAGGUGUGCUGAUUAUCAAGCAUUUGUGCUGCAGGGCCUACUGAAAAGCACGAGGGAUCCUGCAGGAGGAAAACAGGGCUGAAGGACAUGUCAAAAGUGGGGUGGGCUGCUGAGCCUACAGAGCUCAGCGGAGGGCAGAGCUGAGGCAGGAUUUGCGGCUCUUUGGAUGGCAUGUUUCACCUUUGCACUUGGUUUGCCUUUGGCUCCGAGAGCCACUCACAGGCUCUGUGACACCCAGGGCAAUGCGCGACAUCUCCGUGUUCCUUUGAGAUGGAGUUCCAAGCAUUUCCUGAGGGUGAGGGCAUCCAGAGUUCCCCUUCCUCUUCUUUUCUUGAGGGUUGGACGCAAUGAUCUCCAGAGGUCCCUUCCAGCUACUACAAUUCUGGUUCUCAUACUCUGUCUGAGGCAGAGAUCUGAAGCUUUCUUGCUGCAGUGACCAAAUGCCGGGACCGCCUGGCCCUCCAUCCCACUGCCUUCUGCAGGCCACCUUUGGUUAUCAUUGCACUACUGGGAAGAUGGAUCUGGGCAAGCAUGGAGCGAUGUCUGGCAGAUGAGGUUCUCCCAAAGACUUAAAAACUCAACUAGUGGCUGAAAGAGCAAAGCAAAACCGAAGGCUGUGAAACUGAGCGGUCUGGACGGUCUUGGUAAGAAGACAAGCUGGCCAGAACCCUUUUCCAGAGUGUCAGCCACAGCUCUUCGUGAGGCUUACGGGAUGUCACCGGGUGCUCUGCUCAGCAGGGCAGUUGGUGCUGUGCCUGCUCACUGCUUGUGUCUGAUGUACCUCAUAGAAAGCAGAGAAGCACAUCUGGGGCACACUUAUGUACCCUAAAUGCCCAGUGCUUCUCUUGCUUCUCCUCUCCUUUAGGACUCAGAUUUGUAUUCUAGGGAGUGUAGAUAACUUUACCAAGGUCUGACUUUUGGAAACUCUUCAUUUACCAGGUUGUUGGGGUCAGCUCAUUGGGAGUUCUGCUUGGAGCAACGCUUGUUCUGUACGGAGUGCUGCCUGUCCUGCAGGGGGAGGAGAGAGGCUCUCCUGGGCUUGGCCAGAGAACGUUAUGUCAGUGCCAUGAAGUUCUGCUUCCUUUGAGCUGGGAAAUGUCCUCAGAGUUGGUGCAUCAACCUAUGGUAGAUCAUGCUGGGAGUUUGUCUUCUGCUAGUUUGGUUCUGUUCACUUGCACUUGAGAAGGGUGUUUGGAGAAAAGAAAUGGAGCGUGCAUCCUCCAAGCAUUUGCUUGUUUGUGCUGCUUGCUCUGUGCCUGCAGACUUUGCUUUCCAACUUAGGGUUUGCUGUGGGAGCGGCUGUGAUCUGCAGGGGAAGCAGGCACAGAUAGGAGAGGAACGGGAGGAGUGAAGGGGUCCUGGUGCUGUCCAAAGCUCUCUGCAGAACUGAGGAGCUCAGAAGGGUGUUGUGUGAGGAUGGCAGUCAGGUGACACUGGUCUCCAUGUCUCUCUCUCCUCAUGUCUCAGGCAGUAGGCAGCAGUUGUUCUGGCUUGCAGGAUGGGCUGCUGUGCUGUAUUGCUUCAGAUGGAAGGAAAAGUUUUACCAAAGUUUUGUCUAUUGUGAGAAAACUGAUUUGGUUGGAUUUGAACUGGUGCAGUCUGCAAGAGAUUUUGUGGCAGCCAACCUCAGGCUCAGGUUUUGCCCAGCAUGGAGGUCUGUUGGUUGCUGGCUGAAGCAGUCUCACUGAGAUACGUCGGUGUAAGCAUCGCUGUGACCCAGUGGCAUGGUUUGGCUGUGCGUGGUGCUGCUCUGCCCUGCAGACAGAAUGCACACAGAGGCAGCUCAGGGAGCCACGGCCCUGCAGUGAAGUUGGGGCAGACGCACUCAUAAGAGUUGUGAGUCACUGAAAUCAGAGGGGAAACGCUUCUGGAGGCUGCUGACCUCGGCGUUGAGGUUCCUGUGUUGUUACAAGUUGCAGCGAGACAUCUCUGGUCAGUUGGUAUUCCUCCAAAAGCUUGCAGAAACACAAGAGGCAUAGUGUGAAAAGAAAUUCCUGCAUGUGCUGUUGUGGGUGGAUCCACUCAGCCCCACACAGGGUGCCUCAUGGAAGCAGAAUCCAAGACUCUCCCUACUAGGAUUUCGUAGCACUGCAUCUGCAGAUGCUGCACUGCAUCACCGAGGAGCCGGGAGGUGGUCGAAGAGCAGCCACAAAGCUCCCCAGCAGCUGGGAGCACUGCCUUGUGCCGAGGAGGGCUCAGCAUUUCUGCUUAUGGAAGGGGAGAGACACUGUGAGCUGUCAAAGUGGGUCGUUCCUUGCAGAGUCAUUAGGAGUAGUGAGGUGAGAGUGAAAAACCAACAAAGACACUAAAAGCAGUUUCUGGGAAUUGUUUGUUUGUUUGUUUAAUGGAGGAGAAAUCUGCUGUCUGGGAGGAAACUGGCACAGGGAUGGGUUUUUAUGGAUCACGGCCCUGCUGGAAAGGACCUGCGAGUAGUGAUGGAUGGCAGCUGGACAUGGGCCAAUGCUGUGCCCUCACAGCCCAGAGAGCCAACCAGACCCUGGGCUGCAUCCAA